CGCACGCGCCGCUCCCGAGCAGCUCGCACCGCCCGGCCACCCUCGCCGCCCACCCCCAGCAGCCAAUCAGCGAUGGAGCAGGUCGCCCCGAUGCCGCAGCUCGGCGGCACGUACGCGCUGGCCGCCUCGCACAACACCGACGCCUGCAUGCUGGCGCUGGGCAUCGGUCUGCUGACGCGGCUGGUGGCCCGCUCCGCCCAGCCCACCAUCGCCGUGUCCGUCGUCGGCGACCACUGGCGCUUCGACCAGGCGAUGGCCGCACGCUCCACCGUGCGCGAGUUCGACCUGGGCGUGCCGCACCGCUUCCGCCGCGCCGUCGACGGCAAGGAGGUGCGCAGCGUGGUCACCCGCCAGGGCGCUGUGCUCACCGAGCGGGCCGUGCAGAACGGCCGUACCACCGAGAUCAUCCGCGAGUUCGCCGACGACCAGCUCCGCAUCACCAUGCGGAUCAGCGACACAGAGUGCACGCAGACGUUCAAGAGGACAGCCUGAGGCGGAGCGGGGGCGCCGACGAGCGGAGCGGAGGGCGCCGACGAGCGGAGCGGAGGGCGCCGACGAGCGGAGCGGAGGGUGCCGACGAGCGGAGCGGAGGGCGCCGACGAGCGGAGCGGAGGGCGCCGACGAGCGGAGCGGAGGGUGCCGACGAGGCGGCAGCGCACAGGAUGUGUUGCGCGGAAGGGCACGACGCCAGCUCGCGCGAACGUCAGCCGGCAACGACGGCGGGGAGAUCAGAGGCGAACACCAGAGCGCGCCGCCGCUCCCGGAGGUGCCCGGAAAGCGCGCCAGGCGCGCCCCUGGUGGCUGCCUAAUGCAUGAAGUGGCCUCCCGCUGUGCCCCUGGUGGCUUCCUGAUGUAACUGAAUGGCGUGAACGCGGCAAUGGACUGAUGUCCAGGAGAAACGGAUGACAUGUGAUAUGCGUGAUGGUGACGUGGUCGUAAAUGAAUUCGGUGAAAUAUAUCACGAUUUAAGAGA